GGGAAAGGACCAAUGGUCCAUGGAGAACAAAAUGGAAGAAAAACAAUUAAGACAACGGGAAAGUCGAGUAAGAGUAAGACAAAGGAAAGAUAGCCGGACAGGGAAAGGACCAAUGGUCCAUGGAGAACAAAAUGGAAGAAAAACAUAAAAAGAAAGGAAAAUUAAAGCAGAGCUCGUCGAUCCAAAUAUCCAACCUCACAAAGCCAGAACGGCAGAACCCUACUCAAAGUUUAUACUCUAUACCCUACUCGAAACAAAGCAAGAAAACAGAGCAAACGGCAAAUGCAAGAAACAAAAAAAGCUGCAUAGGUCCAAGGCCGCAGCAGCAAACAGAGAUUGGAUUAUGAAGGCUCCAGACUGAAAGUGAUUCUAGCAAAAGCUUCAUCCUGCAGUUCAGACCAACGCUACUUCCCGAAGACGCAGAGCCAGACAGGAACAAGCCAGCAAUCAUCGGAGCAAACCAGCACACCUUUAGACCCCAUCAAACACCUCCAUUAUGAAAGCUCCAAGCUGAAAGUGAUUCUAGCAAAAGCUUCAUCUUGCCGUUCAGACCAACGCUUCUUCCUGAAGACGCAAAUCACAACAGGAACAGACCAGCAAUCAUAGGAGCAAACCAACACACCUUUAGACCCCAUCAAAAACCUCCAGCUUCACUUGACAAGAUCUCCGAAUCAAUCCAAAGGAAAUGCUGCAGAUUCUGGUGUUUACUACUCCAUAAUGCUGGAUUGGAUACCCAAAGUAGAGGAUUGGCUGCCUGGGUUGAGGUUGCUCAAAAAGCAACUAGGUCAACAAAGCAUGUCUAGGAGCGGGAAGGCAUACCACAUAGUCAGGUUCGUUCUUCUGAACAGGUGGCUUUGGAUGGCUAUUGGUAUCUUAUGAGAUAUUGUGGGUCUUUAUCUAUUUCAGACUCAGACUUCCAUACCUAAAUCCCAAAAACCUCUAGUUACCUGUAUGUUUUGGGCUGCAUUGCUUGUUUGUACGAUCCUUCCCACCCUCAACCUUUGCACGAGUUGCAUGGACAUUGUCCUUGACUUCCACUGGAUUUUCCUAGUUCCUGUUUUCAUUGCUCUAGCGAUAUUGGCUAUAUUAGUUGAUACGUUAACUUCUACUCGUUAGUGGUGGUUCAAAGCUAUCAAUCCAAACACCAUUUCGGAUUUGCUUUCACUUGGUUCUGGUAAGUUUUCAUUUUUUACCCGCUACUUUUGGUUUAAUGCUUUCCUUUCAAGCCUCGGUAGCUUUGCUGUUUUAGUUUGUUAGAUAGAGAUAGAGUCCGAGUUGUGUAUAUAUACUGUUUUACAGCUUUCUAAAUAAAACUGUAAGUUUACGUCAUUGAGUUUUAUCAUUGUGGUAUAAAAGCUCUUUGCAAGCUGUAACCAAACUUAGUUAAGUGUGCAUGGCUGUGUGAGUGUGAGUAAGAGUAAAUUUGCAGAACAGAGUUAGAUCUUUGGGUGGGAAGCACGAGUGUACUGGAACGGAUCUGCAAGAGGGGGAAACACAUCGGGUGAGUGUAAACAGAGAAUUGUGAGUGUGAGAAAUAAAAUGAGCGAGUCUAGUAGUUUUGCAAAAGUGUGCAUACUGAAAUUUGAUAGAGACUUUGAGCAGUGGAGUCUUAUCAUGGAGAACCUUCUUCGGUCAAAGGAGUAUUGGCAAGUGGUGAGUGAUGGAUUCAGGGAACAAGGACAAGGAGAGGAGUUGUCAGCAGUUGAAACAAAGAAGCUAAAUGAUUUGAUGGUAUAAUGUAAUGGUGAUGUCUGGUGGUAUGAUGGGAGAAGAUGGAGGUUCUUGGUAUCUUGAACAAGGUGGGAAAGAAGAGAGAGGGAUGGAAGCAAUAAAUAUGGAAUUACAGUAUGUUAAGAGUUUCAGUUUAUAUAGUGAACUGAUGAUGAAUGUUUAUGCAAAGCAGCCACAAAUCCUUGUGGUUGCAGGGGACGAAAAUAAGAACAUGCUAGCUUAGAAGAAGGAAGUUGUUAGUAGUUGGGUACUGACACGAAAGAAUAUGGAGCAAGACCAACCUCCUCAGUUGUCAAAAACUGAGGACAAUUGUCUUACCUGUCUAUAUGCAGAAGAAUUAACUCGUGGGGAAGUAUAUGCACCUCAAUUUAGUGCAAUGUUGUCUCAAAAUGAAGAAGCAGUUGCAGUGGAGACUAAUGUGCUUGGGAUUCAUGAUGUGAAUUCAUUGGCAUCCAAACCAGGAUAAAUGUGACCAGCAUAAAGUGGCAGCACAUUUAUCCUGUUUUAGGAGCUAAAGGGGUAGGUGUCAAGAAAAAUACUGAAGUGAAGCAACCACAAGAUUCUGGGGUUGCAGGGGAAGAAAAGAAGAGGUACAACAUGGUUUUCGGAGCUAGGUUGGGGAACGCUACAGAAUUCAAGCAGAUGGCUGGUAUCUUGCUUUAUAUUCUUAGCAUGUACUUGGAUAGAUCAACCAUUACUAAAUUGUAUGGUCAAAUCAGUGUUCAUGUGUUGGUGGUCAAGACAGCGUUCAAAAGUAUCCUGGGCUCUAGUAUUCAGUAUGAAGGAGGCCAAAAGGACAAUUAUUAUGCUUGGCUUACAGUUUGUUUGGUCAGUCUAAAAGUUGGUUUUGCAGUUGUUGUGUUGCUUGCAUCAAGAAUUCAAUAACUUACUUUGGAGCUGGUUUUGACGUGAUGAAGACUGGCUAUGGCUAUAUUAAAGUUGUGUUUGAGGAAUUUAAAGCAUGUUGUGAGUCUUUAAUAUCAGGGGUUGUAUCAUAUUUUCUCAAGAAACAACAAGCAAUCACAUUGAUUGCAGUUGAGGGUGAACUUGUGGGAGACUUUGACUGUACUACUCAGAGCUUUUGGCUUCAAAGAGUUCUAGACGAGUUGAAAUGGAAGGCUGGUGUGAGGGGAGAAAUAGAAAUUCACAACCAUGUUUUGAAUGGAGAAAGCGGAUGUAUGAAUGCAAAUCUUCGAUUUCUAAGGAGCUCGGAUAAGUAAAGAUUUGUGCAACUUGAGCUUCAUGGGGCUUAAAAUAAGGUGGUUGAUAUCUUGAAAAGGCUGUCAAGUUGGAUGCAUUUGAAGAGUUGGGAUGGAAGCCUAGAGUGAGUGAGCUGACUGCUGAAAUUUCUGAAAUUGCAGCUACUGUUGUUGUUGCAGAUUAAACUGAAGUUCGAAACACUUCAGUUUAGGGGAGGCAUUGUUGAAUAAGUAAUCACAUGAGUGAUCACGUGAGUUCUAGUGAGAGUUGGCCAUUUUGGGUUUUGAGUUGUGGUUAAUUAAUUCUGCCGUUUAAGCUAGUGGUGUCGCAGGAACGUGAGUGAGCUGGUAGUUGUGUGUGGACGAAUUUAGUGUUGAGAUAGAGUCCGAGUUGGGUAUAUAUACUGUUUUACAGCUUUCUAAAUACAACUGUCGUUUGCCUCAUUGACUUUUAUCAUGUUUUGUGAUGAAAAUUUGGCCAUAUGCUUACUUUGUCUUGAUUGCCUAUAUGUUUUCAAUGCGGUUACAGUUAGCCUUUGAAGAUUUUCCAAAAUCAAAGACCUACUUGCACAUUUGAAUUCAUUGAAAACGUGGGGGUAUACAGCUUUGGUGCUGCUAGCUCUUGGUUUAAUGAUGUGGUUCGAUAGUAUGAAGAAAGAGCAAGCCAAGGAGGAAUUAGAAGAGGAAGAAAGAGAAAGGGAAGCUAGGGCGGCUCAAGAACGGCAUGAUGUUGAGAACCAGAUUCUAACCGGUAAUGAAGCGCCAGGUGUACGUGGAGCGGUGCAUGGGUCAAGGACUGGUGAUUUUAUGAAAGAAGCAAGAGAUGCAGAAAAGAAGGAAUGGAGGAAAGUAAUGGAAACAACAUCAGUAACAUCUACUUCUACAGCCAACGAGUUCACAUAAAUAACAGAGUUUCCAGAAGAACAAAGACAGAAAGAAUGG